ACCCGACUGCGUUUUGGAACAGGGUCGUGCAUCAAGCCCAAUUUUCCAUACACCCUUACGAGCUCGCCAGACGUGUUUGGAUUUGCCAGUAUGUUGGAUCACAGCGACGAUCUGGACAUUAUCAUGUUCAUGGGUGACUUCAUCUACGCUGAUCUGCCAAUGUACUUUGGAACUAGUGCUGAAGAUUAUCGCCGGCUCUACCGGCAGGUGUAUAUGGCACAAUCGUCGCGCCAACUGUUGCGAAAGGUGCCCAUGCUCCACGUUUACGACGACCACGAAAUCAAGAAUAACUGGCAUAACCAGGACGACAUGCCCAUGGGUAAUGCAAUGAUUGCAUACAACGAAUACAACGGUCUGCCGAAUCCGCCGCCAGAGCUCCCCGCCCACUCGUACUACAACUUCACAUACGGCAAUAUUGCCUUCUAUGCCUGGGACACCCGGCGCUACCGCACGCAAUGGGAAGAUGGCAGUGACAGCGACGGCAGCGCGACGAUGCUGGGCCACGAUCAGAAGCACCAUUUCUUCCAAUGGCUCAAUGAGGUCAACCACACGGCUGCCGUCAAGUUUGUCGUUUCGUCUGUACCUCUGACCUCGGGAUGGUCCAGCACGGAUGCUAGCCAGGACACCUGGCGCGGGUAUCCGACCGAACGUGCAGAAAUUUUGGCGCUCACAAAGGAUGUACCCAACCUAUUUUUCCUCUCGGGCGACCGACAUGAAAUGGCUGCCGUUGAACUUCCCUCAGGGAACAUUGAGUUUUCCACGUCACCCAUCAGCCAAUUCACGUUUCCGCUU